GCUUUGCUUACCUUUUAGGGUUCAGAUUUACUCUCCAUUCAGUCUGUGGUCUUUAGCUUUUGGCAAACUUUCAAAGAAACCUCUCUUUUGCAGAGACUGCACCCACUUUAUUCUUCCACCCUUGGGUGGUGGAGAACCAAAGGUCACUUGAGUAAUGCCUGACCUGCCACCACUUUAGCUCAUGCGCUAGCCGACACUCUCUUGCCUCUUGCCUCGCAACUGCCUCUGCCCUAGUUUGGAGGGGGUCUGGCUUUUGAGGGCCCGUGAAGGUAAUUAAUGCAAACAGCCACUUUGCAAGUGAACUCUGAGAGUUCGGCCUAUUUGUAGUGGAGGUUCAGCAACUCACAAUGCUUGGCUUUAUGGGCAGUUUACAACGCAGCCAGAUUCAGUUCUCAAAAAACCAAAACCCCAAGGACCCUGCCUUUUAAUCAGAGAAGAACGAAAAACAUAGGCUGACCUAACUGCAAGGUGACGGCAAAUGUUUUAAAGUGCAGGAGCUUUGACCCUCCCCUCCCCCAUUUUGCUAUGAUUGUGUAGGUGUUUCUUUGAAAGCCAGAGGACACUGUCAGUAAUUGCUAAAAUAAUAGCUAUCUGUUGAGCGGGUAUUAUCGUAGUGUGGACAGGGGCCCCAUUAUUGCGCACGUUCUGUGCUGUGCGGCAGGGAGCCGGUUGCUAACGCGGGUGCGUCUGGGCUCCGCGGGCCUGGGCCGCCGGGAACCGGAGCCACUGGGGGCGGGGCCUCGGGACCCCGCCAGUGCGCAUGGGCGACGUCUGCUCCUACGGACCCCCUUCAGUUUCCGCCAUGGUCGGAAACGUAGCGAAUGCAGUUAGCUGAGUGUCAGCUGAGCGCGCCGGUCGCCGGAAUGUCUGAUGAAAAAGGCUCCUUGAGGGGAGGCGUAGAGAAAGGAGAGGAGCCAGCGGGGACCAUCGCUGGUAGUGUGUUCUCUGUGAAGCGGGUGGAGGACGAGGAAGAACCGAUGAAGGUGGAAGUGGCGGUGGGGGCUGAUGGCUGCCCUGACGACCUCAGCUGCCAGGAGGCCGACAUAGACCCAUACCUCCUAGGGCUUGCGGAUGACGAGGAGAAAUGCCGGAAAAUCCGCAGGCAGUACCGACAGCUCAUCUAUAGUGUCCAGCAGAACCGUGAUGACAUAGUGAACAUGGCGAGCGACACGUUAACCGAGGCCCUUGAAGAAGCCAAUGUCCUGUUUGAUGGAGUGAGCCGAACCAGAGAAGCAGCACUCGAUGCCCAGUUUCUUGUUUUGGCUUCUGAUUUGGGUAAAGAGAAAGCAAAGCAACUGAACUGUGAUAUGAGCUUUUUUAAUCAAGUAGCAUUUUGUGACUUUCUGUUUAUAUUUGUGGGCCUGAACUGGAUGGAAGAUGAUGAACGUGAUGAAUUGAGUGGCUGUGAUGAUAAUAUAGCUCUUUCCUUCUGGGAGACAGUACAGAAGGAAGCAACAUCCUGGAUAGUGCAAGCUGAAACAUUCCACUUUAUUUUUGGUUCAUUCAAGUCUAAGCCUUCUGCACCAAAGCCCCGACUUGAACACCAGAAGAAAGCUCACAAAAUGGAAGAAAAUGGGGCUAUGCCUACAAAGCUGAGGAAGUUGGACCUGAGUAAUAAUCAAGAAGCAACAGAAAAAGAAGUAGAAAGAAUCUUGGGAUUGUUGCAAACUUACUUUCGAAAGUAUCCUGAUACUCCCGUGUCCUAUUUUGAGUUUGUGAUUGAUCCAAACUCUUUUUCUCGUACUGUGGAGAAUAUAUUUUAUGUUUCUUUCAUUAUAAGGGAUGGUUUUGCAAGAAUAAGGCUUGACCAAGACAGGCUGCCAAUAUUAGAGCCGAUUAAUAUUAACCAAGUGGGUGAGGGAAAUGAUCCCAGUUCUCAUGGCAGGAGACAAGGAGUUAUAUCUUUAAGUUUACAGGACUGGAAAAAUAUUGUGGCAACUUUUGAGAUUUCAGAGGCUAUGAUCACAAACUCAUACUAGGGACUUUUGUUCUUAGUAUAGGAUGUAUUUUGUGGCUUUUCCAAAGUAUCUCAAAAUUGAGAGUAAGAUCCAAGCAGAAGCACAUAGUGUAUUUCAUGUAAAGUGAAAAAGUAUUUUCAAAACAUCAGAAAUUGUUUUACUGUGCAAUGUAUUUUUUUUUUUUGGUAGUUUAUGAAGUUGUCAUGAUCUGUUAUUAAAAAAUAUUCAUUGGCAUGUUCACGGAAAGAUUUUUUUUGAAUGCCCAUUAAGACUUUACCAAUAAAAGUCAGUUCUGAA